AUGUCAAACCUUGCAAAACUCGAAUUUGUUGCUCUUGAUAUUACUGGAAACAACUACCUGUCUUGGGUGUUAGAUGCUGAAAUACAUUUAGAUGCAAAAGGACUUGGUAACACUAUCAAAGAAAACAAUACAGCAACAAGCCAAGACAAAGCUAAAGCCAUGAUAUUCCUUUGCCAUCACCUUCAUGAAGGCCUUAAGGCUGAGUACUUGACUGUUAAAGAACCACAAAUCCUUUGGAGUAAUCAUAAGGAAAGGUAUGACCACCAGAAAACAGUGAUAUUACCAAAAGCUCGUUAUGAUUGGUUACAUUUAAGAUUACAAGACUUUAAGUCUGUGAGUGAAUACAACUCAGCCAUGUUUAGAAUUACGUCACAAUUGAAAUUAUGUGGAGAGAAAACCACGGAUGCAGAAAUGUUAGAAAAAACAUACUCUACUUUUCAUGCAAACAAUGUUAUCCUGCAGACACAAUACCGUGAAAAGGGUUUUACAAAAUAUUCAGAAUUGAUAUCUUGUCUCCUUGUGGCUGAGCAAAAUAAUGAACUAUUAAUGAAAAAUCAUGAAUCACGCCCAACUGGCUCUACUCCAUUCCCCGAAGCGAAUGCGACAUCCCAUAGUGGGAAAGAGCAAAAGGCUAGAGAUCACGCCAGCAGUCGUGGUCGAGGCCGUGGUCAAGGUCGUGGUUGA